AUGGCUAGUGACUUAAUGAGCCAGUUUUACACAACCUUAAAGUUACCUUUAAUAGAAAGGGUAAGAGAACUUUCAAGAAUUUUGGACCAAGUUGGGCCCAAUAAAGAUUGUCAAGCUAUAUUUCCACAGCUGGUUGGCAAUAUAUUUGCUCCACCAGCCAGCAACGGUUGGGCUUUGGGUCACAUAACUUACGAGCAGAAUAGAUAUGAAUUUGAAGUAAUAACAAACUUUUUAGAACCCCAAGGACCACUAUUUCGGUUAUGUUACAAACUUUUAUCAGACCCAGUCCUAAAAUAUAAUUUGCCUUUGACAAUGUUACCUCUGGAACUACAAAUCAUGUUGGCAAGGGGAGGAAGAUUUCCCCAUUUUUACUCAGAUAUGAUGACCUUAGAUUCUAACUCGCUAAAUGUUAUAGCAUUAGCUUUGAAUCCAUUUGACUAUUACCUAUUUAAUUUUGCCUUACAUUUAACAAAUAAUGAACAGAGCAACAGUUCCUGGGAAGUGUGGAAUAGCGUAUACUUUGCAUUAGCCUGUGAUUAUCUGAUUCAUUUUUUACCAUCUGACCCUAAUACACAUGUCUUGCCUCAGAUUCCUCAUUAUAAUGGGAAAGUUCCAUCAGUAGCACCUCUUCAAUCAGUUAACAGGCCCCUCGGCUCCCCAUCAUUGCUGUUAGUUUCAGACUUAUCUGGCAUAAGUAAUCAGCAUCCGUCUUCGCAGACUCAGUCGAGGAACGAAAUAUGGCGAUCUGAAACGGUUUUGCAAAUCUUUAUCGACGUUUGGAUGAGCGUUGAACAGUUUGACUUCAGAAACAUUGACACCAAUCAAAAGUGUUCGUCACAUUCAAGCCCCGAACGAGUGAGAUUAGUGCGAGUGGUCGUCAAACACAUUUACGCGUACUCUUCAAGGUACAACGCGGACUCAGCCGUGCGGUCGUCGGCCCUUCGCAAAUACGCGAGGCAACUCGUGUGCCAGCGCGCCUACCACUUCGUGAAACACCUCGUCUCCACUUGGCCGUUGGACGCUUCCUUCCGACUCGUCAUGGAACUGUGGUUGAGCCUUUUGCAACCGUGGAGAUACACGAGUGACGUCACGCGAGACAGCUUCUCCCAUGCCAAUAGAAAUCGAGACGAAGGCUCCGGUGCCGCUUUGGAUCCGAGUCAUAUACAGUUCAUUGCCGAGAACUUUCCAUCGUAUACGUGCAUACUGCAGCUGGUCUUGCCGAGAUUUGCGCGCCUCGACUUGACCACUUACAAAAACGCCGUGAUGCUGUUCAGAAUGGGAAAGGUAUUUUCUCAACCACACCUUUUGCCAAUAUUGAUGGCUUUGGAAAAGGGGGUAGUGGAUAGUAUUUCUGGCGCCAUAUAUACGGUCGAUAACAGUUUCGACGCGUCUAAUUUGGAUCAAGGUUACACGUACAACGGUGUAUCCCUCCACAAAUGGGUAUCGAUCGCAAAACAGGCCAUUUCGGAGUUCAAUGCGAUGGCUACUUUUGAAUACGAUCCCAUUUGGACCGACGGUAGGAAGAGGCCGUACAUAGAGUUUGUUAAAAAAAUUAUUUCGGCUAAGACCCUAUCCGAAAAGUUAGUGGACGAUUACAGAAAUAAAAUCAACAGUGAAAACCGAGGAUUUUGGCGGCAUCUUAAAGACUGGUUUUUGGUUAACCACCAUGAGGACAGAAUUUUAUUAGAGGAGUCGGAGAAAGUGCCCGCGUACUUAAACAAUUGCAUUAAUUAUUUCACUAAUAUUCUCAUGUUAAACGAUACUACGAUACUACCGUUCGAGGUUGACAUCAUGGAUAAUUCAACGGAGCAUUCGUCUUUUGCGAAUUCUAACAAUUUUUCGUAUUCGAUCGCUCAAAAAUUGAGAAGCAACCCAACGGGAUUGAAAUACUCCGGCGAUCCGGACCUAAUGCCCAUAAUGUCCUACGAGAGCACGAUCCUCGUUCGUUUCCUCUACCAAUUGGCGACGAAGUUGAAUGAAGCGUACUCCGACGAAUUCGCGAGGCUUUGGCGCCGAGACGACAUCUGCGGGUACGUGGCCAGAGAGGUGUUGCAGAGGCCGCUGACCAUCCAGACUUACAUGAAAGAUGCGACCGACCAUCGGAGCUCGGUGCUGAAGGACCUCCCGCCGCGAAUUUCGUUCAGAAGACUCGCCUCCAACGCGUUCGUAGCGUGGCUCACGAUCGGUUACGUCGUUUCUCGCUUUCUGUCUUACGGUGGAUUUGUAUACAUAUUUGUUCUCAUAACCAUGUUUUCCUUCACCGUUGUGACGAAGGCUUCACUGAAGAGGUUGAACAUAAUAAACGCGUGA